AUGGAGAUGGACACACAACCACAUAAAAAACACCAUUUUGGAACUUCCAACACCCCCUCUCUAGUACAGCAUUGUUGUCUCAUUACCCUCUUCAUCUCCACAUUCUUCACCACCGCCACAGCUUUAGAUUAUGCUGAUGCACUUUCAAAGAGUCUUCUCUACUUUGAAGCACAACGCUCUGGGAGGAUACCUUACAAUCAGCGUGUCACUUGGAGAGACCAUUCUGGCCUCACUGAUGGUCUGGAAGAAGGGGUGGACUUGGUGGGAGGGUAUUAUGAUGCAGGGGAUCAUGUGAAAUUUGGUUUACCAAUGGCAUUCACCAUCACAAUGCUCUCAUGGAGUGCCAUAGAGUAUAGGCAACAGAUUGAAGAUGCAGGUGAACUACAACACACAUUGGAGGCGAUCAAAUGGGGCACUGAUUAUUUCAUCAAAGCUCACACAAGUCCAAAUGUCCUAUGGGCUGAGGUGGGUGAUGGUGACACUGACCAUUAUUGUUGGCAACGGCCAGAGGACAUGACGACUUCGCGGCGAGCGUUUAAGAUAGAUGAGAAUAAUCCUGGUUCAGAUCUGGCCGGAGAGACUGCAGCAGCUAUGGCAGCUGCAUCCAUAGUGUUCAGAAAAACAAACCCACAUUACUCUCACUUGCUUCUGCACCAUGCCCUGCAGUUGUUUGAGUUUGGGGACAAGUAUAGGGGGAAUUAUGAUGAGAGUGUCGGAGUGGUAAAGAGCUACUAUGCGUCGGUGAGUGGUUACAUGGAUGAGUUGUUGUGGGCUGCCACGUGGCUGUACAAGGCCACCGACAACAAAAUGUAUCUUCAUUACCUUCUCUCCAACGCUCGUAGCUUUGGUGGCACUGGUUGGUCCAUUUCAGAAUUCAGCUGGGAUGUUAAGUAUGCUGGUCUUCAACUCAUGGUCUCAAAGUUAUUAAGCGAAGAAAAAGAGAAGCAGCAUAGGGAUACAGUUGAACAAUACAGAUCAAAAGCAGAGUACUAUAUAUGCUCAUGUCUCAGCAAGAAUAAUGAGAGCAAGAACAACGUGGAAAGAACCCCAGGUGGAUUACUAUAUAUCCGAGAGUGGAACAACAUGCAAUAUGUUUCAACAGCAGCUUUUCUGCUUUCAAUAUACUCUGAUUUCCUUCAAAACACAAAUCAAAAGCUGAAAUGCCAUGGGGGCACAGUGGAUCAUGAAGAAAUUCAUAGUUUUGCUAAAUCACAGGUUGAUUACAUUUUGGGGUCUAAUCCAAUGAAGAUGAGCUAUUUAGUAGGGUAUGGCCCUAACUACCCCAAAAGGGUGCACCAUAGAGGGGCAUCCAUUGUGUCAUACAAAAAGAAUAAAGGGUUCAUAGGGUGUACCCAAGGGUAUGAUAAUUGGUAUGGUAGCCAAGAGCCAAACCCUAAUGUUCUUGUUGGGGCUUUGGUUGGAGGUCCUGAUGGGAAAGACAAUUUUGAGGAUCGAAGGAACAAUUUUAUGCAGACUGAAGCAUGCACAUAUAAUACUGCUCCCUUAGUUGGUGUUUUUGCAAAGUUCUUGCACUUAGAAAACCAGAAAACAGUUCAUGAUUGUAAUUCACUUUUGGUUGCUUCCUUCAAAUAA